GGGAAAUACGAAGUACGCGGAUAAUCGCUCUUGAAUCGAUUUUGUUUACCCGAUAAUUCUUACAAGCAAUUUGCACAAGUUUUUUCUCCAAACAGCGGCGAUUAUGUAAUUCCCUAGGUAUAGCUCAUUUGUGACCUUUAAUCAAAAAACGCCGCCUGGUUUACAAUAUAAAUUGAUUUGGCGGACCGAAUUUGCACCAUUACCAGUAAUGAAGUGGUUUAUAGUGGUUGGUGUGGCGGCCGUUUGUUGGCUGGCCACUGCGAAUGCCAAGCCCGUAGAGGAGCAAUUGCGCGAGAAAAGAUCCGCGUAUAAACACGGAGGCGGCGGAUACCCCGGCGGUGGAGGCUUUGGCGGGGGCGGCGGAUUCGGUGGCGGUGGCGGUUUCGGAGGUGGAGGUGGAGGAGGAUUCGGCGGAGGUUUCGGAGGUGGCGGUGGAAAAGGAGGAGGUGGAGGAUUCGGAGGUGGCGGUGGAAAAGGAGGAGGUGGAGGAUUCGGCGGAGGCGGCGGAUGGGGAGGUGGAGGAGGAGGAGGUGGCGGAGGAGGCGGCGGUGGUAAAUAUCCAGGAGGUGGAGGAUAUCCGGGAGGCGGGGGUUACCCUGGAGGUGGUGGUUACCCAGGAGGUGGUGGAUAUCCAGGAGGUGGCGGAUAUCCAGGCGGUAUAGGAAGUUCUGCUAAAGCCUCUGCUAGUGCAAACUCGCACAGUUUUGGCAGAUAAUUUGGAAAAUAAAUCGAUCCACAGGCUCACUGCUAUAACCGAAGCUUCUUUGUGAUUUGUAAAAAUUCUUUUAAUUUAAGUAAUUGUUUGUGUGACUUUAGUUUUGUAAUCAUUUGUAUUAAAAAUUGAACAAUA